CGGCUCUUGUCGUCUCUAGUUUAGACAUGAAGAUUCAUUUUGCUCCGGCUGAUGUGCCUUUGGUUAGGAGGAUCCAGACUGCUGUCGUAUUGCAGUGGGUCUUCUCUUUCCUGGCCCUCGCCCCCUGCUGUAUUUUACUGUUCCUCUUCCUGCUCUUCACUCGCUUCUGGCUGAUCAGUGUGCUCUAUGCCACCUGGUGGUUCAUCGAUUGGGACACGCCUUCAAAAGGAGGAAGAAAAGUGCCCUUUCUGUGCCGAAUGCCCAUGUGGGAGCACAUGAGAGAUUAUUUCCCCGUAAAACUGGUGAAGACAGCUGAUCUGGACCCUAGGAAGAACUAUGUACUGGGUUUCCAUCCUCAUGGUAUACUUGUGGCGGGUGCAUUUACAAAUUUCUGCACAGAGGCAACAGGUUUCAGAAAACUCUUCCCUGGGCUGAAGAGCAACCUUCUAAUGCUGCCUCUCUGGUUCAGAGCCCCCUUCUUCAGAGACUACGUAAUGUCUGCUGGCCUGGUUCCAUCGGACAAGGAGAGUGCCAGCUAUCUGCUCCGGCGGAAGGACGGUGGGAACGCUGUGGUCAUUGCAGUUGGCGGUGCUCCUGAGGCUUUGGAUGCCCACCCUGGGGAACACAUUGUUCACCUGGCCGAUAAGAAGGGCUUCAUUAAGCUUGCGAUAGAGCAUGGUGCAGAUUUGGUUCCUAUAUAUUCGUUUGGAGAGAACGAGCUAUUUGACCAGGUGCAGAACCCUCGUGGCACCUGGCUGCGAUAUAUUCAAGAGCGUCUGCAACGCAUGAUGGGCGUUUCUCUACCCCUCUUCCAUGCACGAGGUGUUUUCCAGUACAGCUUCGGCCUAUUACCCUACAGAAAGCCCAUCAACACUGUUGUGGGUAGGCCAAUCCCAGUAGAGAAAAACGAGAAACCAACAGCUGAAGAACUGGAUGUGUUUCACCAGCGAUAUAUGGAUGAACUCACCCGCCUGUUCGAGGAACACAAAGGAAAUUAUGGAGUACCUGAAGACACUCACCUGCUGUUCCAGUGAGCGAUUCGGAGUGUGUGUGUGUGUGUGUGUGUGUGUGUGUGUGUGUGUGUGUGUGAGAGAGAGAGAUACAGAAGGACAGUAUAUAUGUGUGGUUUAGUUUCAAUGUUGUCAGCAUUUAAAACAUAG